AUGCAUGGGGAGUGCACAGUGGGUACAUACGGUGCCGGCUGUGCUCAGUCCUGUGGACACUGUGAGGAUGAUGCCUCUUGUGGUCCCCACACUGGUACCUGUCCUGAUGAGCGGUGUAAGCCUGGCUGGGAGGGGGAAACAUGCAAACAUCAGAUCAGUAGUGAAGGUGAAAACAACAAUGCUUACCUGAUCGCUGUUGGUGUGAGUGGCUGCACGCUGAUACUAGUCGGUUCUCUCCUGUGGUUCUACCUCCGCACCACCUCCAAGUGUGCGCCGAAAAUCUCCGGGCCUGAGUUUGACCUGAGCACCGUGCGGGGAAUCAGCGAUCUCGCUCUCACACGGAGCCCGUACACUGUAGAGAGUUUUAUCACAUACGACCACCAUAUCAGGGCCAAGUCCAAAUUCUGUGACUGGGAGAUCAACCGCGCCAUCUUGAACAUCGACACGAAGGCCAUCGGUAGCGGUGCCUUUGGGAAGGUGUACAAGGCAACAGUCACGGAGGCCAUAGCGAGUUCAAAGUUGCCUAAAAAUGUCGUCGCCGUCAAAUGCCUGAAAGACAAUGCCACCUCACAGCAGAAAGCUGAUUUCCUGGAGGAGAUAGAACACAUGGUGGAGGUGGGAUCCCACCCCAACAUCCUGAAGCUGUACGGCUGUUGUACCAUGGACCAGCCCAUUUACAUGGUGGUGGAGUUUAUGCAACAUGGGGAUCUGCUGGGCUUUCUCAGAAGGUGCAAACAGGUGAGAAUAUAA